GUGAGUAACAGCUUUCCUCUCUUUAACAGCGCGCACAUCAACACAAUGGAGAAGUCAGGCAGAGGCGCUAGGAUCCCCUCUCUGUAUCAAUGGAACUGUACAGGUCUCUUCCCAGACUUUAAAAACAGGACCUUGAAAUUCAUGAAGGAAUAAAAAUUCAAGAAAAACUGGAUACCAAUAAUGCACUUUUUAUAAUAAGUUACAUUUUGUGGAAACAAUCAGUUUGGGAUUCAAAUAAUUUUUACUUUCAUUAAUCUUUUUUUUUUUUUUUACUUUUCUGCUAUCUGGAUUCUCUACCUCACUUUUACUUUCUGUCAGGGAUCAUAUACACAAGGUUUUCUGUCUUUUGUUAAUAUUUUGUGUAAAAUAUUAUGACUCCUUAACCUCUUGCUGAAUAAUGUGAGUGGGAGCAUUGUAAUGCAAGGACUCUGUGUCCAUUUGCUUUGAGAACAUCCUUUUUAAAUAUGUUGCUCUCAAGCAAUUUGGCUUUUAUGUUCACCUGACCAAGUAAAACUGAGAACACUAAUUUCAGUGUGAAAGAAUUCAUUUUCACAGGAUUGCAAAUAUUUUGUCACAUAUUGAUAAAGUUACAAAGUUCAGUUGAUAUUUUUUAAAAAUGCAACAUUUUAAUAAAGAAGUGAACUAAUGAUCUGUUAGCUGAAAAUAUUCCCGAAACCUCCCCAUUUUAAUUUCAUUUUUGCAUCUCCUCCCCUCUACUAUUAACUUCUGCGAACAAUGUGUCACUCAGCAAUUCACCUAUCACAGUAAUGUACUUGGCAACAGAGUGCAAAGCACAGGUGACGCCAUCCUCGAAGAAUGGCCACCGUGUCUUCAGCUACACACUGGAGAACCAUACAGCACAGGCCUUCAGCAUCAUGAAUGAGUUACGGCAGGACAAGCAGCUCUGCGAUGUCACUUUGCGUGUCAAGUACAAUGACCUUGAUGCAGUGGACUUCAUGGCCCACAAGAUUGUACUGGCUUCUUCCUCGCCGGUAUUUCGAGCUAUGUUCACCAAUGGUCUGAAGGAAUGUGGCAUGGAGGUGGUACCAAUUGAAGGGAUUCACCCAAAGGUGAUGCAGCGACUGAUUGAGUUCUCUUACACUGCCAGUAUCUCGGUUGGGGAGAAAUGUGUGAUCCAUGUGAUGAAUGGUGCCGUUAUGUACCAGAUAGACAGCGUGGUCAAGGCCUGUUGUGAUUUCCUGGUGCAGCAGUUGGAUCCCAGCAACGCCAUAGGUAUUGCCAACUUUGCAGAGCAGAUUGGGUGCACAGAACUUCAUCAGAAAGCUCGUGAAUACAUCUACCUAAACUUCAGUGAGGUAGCUAAACAGGAGGAGUUCUUCAAUCUUACACACUGCCAGCUGGUGACCCUGAUUAGCCGGGAUGAGCUGAAUGUUCGCUGUGAGUCAGAGGUCUUCCAUGCAUGUAUCGACUGGGUGAAAUAUGACAGUGAGAACCGACGGCCCUUUGUCCAUGCCCUUCUGCGUGCUGUGCGGUGCCAUUCCCUUACACCUCACUUCCUACAGAUGCAGCUCCAGAAGUGUGAGAUUCUCAUGUCGGACACUCAAAGCAAAGAUUACCUCUCACAGAUCUUCCAGGAUCUCACUUUGCACAAACCUACCAAAGUUCUGUCCUGCCGCACCCCACGUGUGCCCCAGCUCAUCUACACUGCUGGGGGUUACUACCGUCAAUCUCUAAGCUAUUUAGAGGCAUACAACCCCUGUGAUGGGACCUGGAUCCGGCUGAAAGACCUGCAGGUGCCACGAAGUGGACUAGCAGGCUGUGUGAUCGGUGGCUUAUUCUAUGCUGUAGGAGGCAGAAAUAAUGCUCCCGAUGGAAAUAUGGAUUCAAAUGCUUUGGACUGUUAUAACCCCAUGAAUAACCAGUGGUCCCCAUGUUCCUCCAUGAGUGUUCCCCGCAACCGGAUUGGAGUGGGCGUUAUUGAUGGGAUGAUAUAUGCAGUGGGAGGAUCCCAUGGGUGCAUUCAUCACAACAGUGUUGAGCGGUAUGACCCAGAGAAGGAUGAGUGGCAGUUGGUUGCCCAAAUGCUGAGACGGCGAAUAGGAGUGGGCGUAGCUGUAAUUAACCGCCUUCUGUACGCGGUUGGUGGCUUUGAUGGAACUUGCCGCUUGAACUCCUCUGAAUGUUACUAUCCUGAAAAAGAUGAGUGGAAACCCAUUGCCUCUAUGAACAGUGUUCGCAGCGGAGCAGGUGUCUGUGCUUUGGAAAACUGUUUCUAUGCCAUGGGUGGUUACGAUGGCACCAAUCAGUUAAAUACUGUAGAGAGGUACAAUGUGGAGACCGACAGCUGGACCUAUGUGGCCCCCAUGAUACACCGCCGGAGUGCAUUGGGAGUCACCGCAUAUCAGGGGAAGAUCUAUGUUCUGGGUGGAUAUGAUGGCGACACCUUCCUUGACAGUGUAGAGUGUUAUGACCCUGCUACAGACUGCUGGACUGAAGUGACAAAGAUGACAUCGGGACGCAGUGGGGUAGGAGUGGCUGUCACUAUGGAGCCUUGCAGGAAACAGUUCAAUCCAUGUGACAAAUGUUAAUAGCCAGCAACUUGAAUUUUCCUCGGAGGACAUGCCAUCUUUUGGUAUCUUAAAACGAUUUUCAUACAGGAGAGGUCUGCUGCCUAAUAUGAAAAUGUGCCAUUUUUUUCUGUAUUUAUUAAGUAACAUGGCAGUACUCUUGGUAGCCUGGCUCUGAGCAGCUACUUGCAUGCCAUUGUGGACUUUCAGUAGCAGCUCUGGUUACAGCUGAUGCAUGCAGUGUUCCUUCGUAAAGUCACAGAUGUCACCAUUGCACCACCACCACCACCGCUUUAAAGCAGCAAGUAGGAAGAAAACAAGAUUUAAACUAUGAUGGUGGAAAAAAAACACAGGCUUCAUCAUCACAGGUACAUUUUUGUAGUAAUAUGAGACCAGUAAACCAAACAACUGGGCUUUGAAUUGGACCACACAAGCUAGUGACGGAGCAGACAGUAUUUAUUGAAGGCCGGUCUCGAGGUGUGCAUGCUGCUUGGAAUGGUCGGCGUGGGUUUGGUUAGUCCUGAAUUGCACCCGUGACGCCCACUCUCAGGAAUUUAAACUCAAGGAAAAAAUUAAAAUGAAAACUGGGAGCCAGGGAUACUGCAAAAAUGAACAGAAGGUUUUUAUUGCCAUCGUUUUGUGUAUUUGUAAGGAGUCCAUUUUUUAAUAUAUAGCAUGUUGACCUUUUAUGUACAGGACUGCAACUAAUAGAAAUAAAUCGGAUCUCAAUUGAG